AUGGGUGUUCGUGUAUACAUGGAGACGAAAAAGGAAAACAAAAACUUAGGAUCAUAUCCGCUAUGUAUAACUGUUCGCGAUUUCAAUAUGGAAUUGAGUAUCACCAAUGAGAACACAGUUGCAGGUUUGUGCUGUUACAUUUUCUAUCAAAUUCUGGUGAGGGCUUCAACAGAUUACAUCCAUACAGUACUAGAUGGUGUGAGGCGCUAUAUUGUUUGUCUUGAAAACAAGAGAUGUAGUUGUAGGCAAUUCCAUCUUGAUGAACUUCCUUGUCCACAUGCUUUGGGUGCUUUAAGACACAGGGAUGAGUCUUUUGAACAAUAUUGUUCUCCUUAUUACACAAGGAAGAACCUAUUGCGUACUUAUGAAAUACCAGUAAAUCCCAUGCCUGAUGAAAGCAAAUGGAAUGUGCCACAACAUAUAUCUGAAGAAGUAGUAAAUCCACCUACAGGAGGGAAAAGGCAGCCAGGAAGACCUCAAAAACAAAGAUACAAAACAUAUGAUGAAAUAAAUUCAAAGAAGUACAAGGUUUCAUGUGGCAACUGCGGAGGAGAAGGGCAUAACAAAAGAUCUUGCAAGAAUGCACCCAAAAAGAAAUAA